ACACCACCCGUGCUGCAGCGGACGAGAGGUGACGAUUGAAGCGAGUGGACGUCGUGCGUCGUCGGUGGUUCUUUGACGUGUGUCUUUAUGUUCUGACCAAGGAUGUCUUCUUCCUCGCCGACCGACACAUCAGAGAGGAAGGAGAAGGAGCAAUCCACGAUGCUGCAACGACUCUGGGCUGCUGUCAAAACGAAUGUCCUGUGCCACACGUUCUUCACUUUGGUGUUCCUAUCGAGUGGCCUUGUGCUGAAUGUAUUCCAAGUGGUUGCCUACUGCCUGGUGCGGCCCUUCUCGCGGCACUGGUAUCGCCGCAUCAAUUACUACCUGAUCUACGCCUCCUGGGGACAGGUGGUGGCCAUGGCUCAGUGGUGGUCCGGGAGCCGCAUAAAAGUGUGGGGCACAGAUGAGGACCUAGAUGCCCUCCUGAAGGAUCACCACAUGUGCGUCAUGAAUCACUCCUACGAAGUCGACUGGCUGGUCUGCUGGAUGGUCUGCGACCAGUUCAAGAUGCUUGCGAACGCAAAGACCUUUGCCAAGAAGUCGUUGAUGUACGUUCCUAUUAUUGGCUGGAACUGGGCCUUGUCAGAGCAUAUUUUUCUGGAGAGGAGCUGGGAGAAGGACUCUCAGACCAUCGGCGGGAAGCUGGAUAAGCUGCUCGAUUACAAGGACAAGAUCCUGCUAUUGAUGUUCUCGGAGGGAACUCGGUUUAGCAAGGCAAAGCAUGAACUCAGCCUGGAGUUUGCAGCCAAGAAAAACUUACCAAAGUUGAAGCACCACCUGCUUCCAAGGCCCAAAGGCUUUGUGUACUGCACACGCCACUUCAAGGAAAGAGGUUCUCGAGCUGUGUAUGAUGUGCAGGUGGGCUUUCGUCACUCCCCUAACCCGCCCACGAUCAAGUCUGUCCUCAAUGGCCACCCAUUCCUGGCUGAUCUCUAUUUCCGAAGGGUACCACUUGACAAUGUGCCAACGGACUCUGAUGAGCAGUGCACCAAGUUUCUUUAUGAUCUCUAUGUUGAAAAGGACAACGAGAUGGAUGACUACCUCAAAACGGGCAAGUUCCCCGGAACGGUCAGGGAGUUGCCAGUACGGAUCUGGCCGCUCUUCGUUCUGUGCUUUUGGAGCCUGAUAGCUGCAGUGCCCUGUCUGUACGCCUUCUACGCUGUCCUCACCAGCGGCAGCACGGUCACUGUGGUUGCUUUUUCCACAUUCAUUGCCCUGUUGCUCUCCGUUCUUCACUGGAUGGUCGGCUUGUCAGAGAUUAAGAAGAGCUCGACGUAUGGGACCACAAAGCCUGCUGCUCCAGGGGCGGAUGGUGAGAAGCCACUUGCAAAUGGUGAUUUCAGUAGAAAGGACCCCGUCAUCCGAAGUUCAUCGUAAGGCGUCACAUCAAAAGACUCUAAAAGAACAUGUGUCAACUCUGUCAUGUGCACACACGCAUCGUAGAGAUCUGUGGUGCAGAAAACUUACCUUUGUGAUGUCCUUCCCGACUUUGUCAUUCGUUCUUGCGUGUCAUGUACAUCUCUUUUGCUAAUUUGAGUCAUUAUGUCCAACUCGGGUAGUAUACUGCUCGUUUUAGCAGCCUGUAUGUUUUCUUCUUUGAGGCAUAGCAAGUGUUUACUGUGUCACAUUCAGGCAAAUUUGAGAGGAAUGGUGUGAUUAGUUGUGUGUUUUCCUGGCACUAACCUAGCCUAGCUACUGUUAGUACUUGUUAGUUAGUGCUUGAUGAUUGCUUGCAAGGAGAUGUUAUUGUGCCUCUGUCGAAUGCCCCAAUUGAUCCUUCUGCUGUUAGACUUGUGAGUGUUUGCAGAACUUUGUAAACUAACCUGCCUUGAUUAUUAGUCGUAUGGACAGGGCAUGUGAGUGUGAAUCUUGAUCCAGCGGCUCCUUUGGCAAUCGCAGCUUAGGCAGUGAGCUGCUUUUUGCCAGCUAAAGAAAAAAAGUACUAGGCUUUCCUUGUACCUAAACUUUGUGUUUGUCAUGUUUGCUUGAACUUGUUUCUCACCUUUUCUUGACCAAAAAAAGACAUAUAGUAUGUACUUUUACUGUUCCUUAUAAUUAUCACCUUGCCAUGUUAUGUGGAAUCGUUUUUGUGAGCCUGUUCUUUAUCAAUUGUAAAGAGAUUUCAGUGACCCUUCCUGGAUUGCCUGUUAGCUGUGAUACACUGUUUGACCAUUGAAAGCAAUUCCCCCCCCCCCCCCCCCCUUAAAGCAAUUUAUUUCAUUUCAUAGAAAUACUAUGGUGGCUCGUAAUGUAUUCCACUUCCUUAUGUGGUGUUAGAGGAAAGCCAGCUGCAAGCUUAUGGUUCACUGACCGAUAAGUUCUGGCGCAUUGGGCAACGCAGUUUAGUUGUUUUAAAAUUAAGGAAAUAUGAAGAACAGAAAAAUGAAAACUAGGCUCUCCAGUUGAAGGCUUGCAUUUUGUUACUAGAUGCUCAUGUUUGUCACUAUCUAACUUAAGGUUUAACUUGAGUGUUUCUGUGCAUUGAACAUUCUGUACGCUUGUUUGAGUAGCCUAGCUAAGUGUGCGUUUACCUUCACUUUGCUGUGUGUCUUUUUGGCUCUUUUGUGUUCAGACGUGCAGUGUGAUUGAUGCACACCUGAGUAUGGAGGGGUUGGCACAUAUUGCAGAAGGACAAAAUUUAGUCACAUGUAGCUUACACAUGCAUGGACCAUGGACUUUGUGCAUGCCUACUCAUCAGUCAUAGUGUGAGUACAAAGUGGGACUGUAUUUCUAUUUUUACACUGGAGUAAUAAUGGGGAAAUAUGAAUUUUUCACAGUUUAACACCUCUUACAAAAGUGUGAAACUAUGGCUUUCUGGCAAAUAUUAUUCUGAAGUGUUAAAGCAUUAUUAGCUAUAUAUGUGUUGACAUGACGUAGUCUUAUGAAAAUGAGUAUAAUGAUUUAGAGGACACAUUUAUAGUCUCCUGAUUAAGCAUCUGACUUUUGUUUUCAUUUGAAUUUCACUCAAAACUUUUUAAAAGAGUGUUUAGUUUGUUAAAUACCCUCGUUCUUGGGCCUAUAGUACAUUGCUCUUUCAAUUUGCAUUGAGAUCUAGCAGUGUUAAUUUGCUAGCAUGAGUCAUAGCAGUAGUGCAUACUGCUUGCUACAUUGCAUUUGGAAAUCUCUCCCGUUAGCUUUUUAUUUAAUUGCGAACUCUGGCUACAGUUUCUGCAAUUUGUGUGGCUUAUGCAGUUUGUAUUGCGGUAGUAUUAAGCGGUAGCCACUUGCGACAACCACAUAGACUGCAUUUCUAGUGUAUCUUUGGUUAUGCUUCAUUGCCAUAAGGGGCGUCCACUUCCUGCAGCACGAUAAAUACAUUGUUCAUCAAAGCCAAAGUAUCUCUACCGGUAAUCACGUGGGAACACAUUUUGGUCAGUAUUAUGACAUGCUGUAAACUGGACACACCUCGACGCUGGACAAUGUCAUGCCUAAAAUGCAUCAGAACUACAUUCCUUGUGUUUGCUGCAUUAUCCUUUAGGAAGUAGGACAUAUCGUAGAAUUCCAUUUGUUAUUAGAAACGUAUGUUUAGGAAAUUUCGCUGUGUUUGGCCAGACUGUAUACAAUGCUGGGCGUACAUGCUUUCUUUUUUCAAGCAAGCAGUGCUGAAAGUGUUGAAAGAUAACUGCCUGGUAAUGCUUCUGAGCAUGCUUUUGCUCUUAUGCCAUGUGGAGAUGAAAGUGCUGUUUAUAUCGUGUUGUGUAUCACUUCAUUUAUACUAAGUGCAAUAUUAUUUGACUGUACAGUCUUCUUUUAUGUAAUUAGAGUAUUGCCUCAAGAAAACUUAUUGUGUGCAAGACUGCUUUGCUUUUAAAAUGUCAAGUGGUUGACAGGAGAUUUGAGAACACGUGUUAUGGUUCAUAGUAUACAUUCAUGCACAUAAUCUGCCCUUAUGUGUCACCCGAACACAUGAGCCACAAUUCUGUUAGCACAUAACCCACAUGAAAAACCACAUAAAGCAAUACUCAAAUCUCUUACGUAAACAAGCCCGCACAAUUAUUGGCCCAAAGCAAAGUAGUGGAAACAACAUUUCUAACAUCUCAUGGGUGCUCUGUCGACUUCACUCCAAGGCACUCUGUAUUGCUGUGAAGCUGCAUUGCCAGGCAAAUGUCUUGCUUUAUCAUCGCCAUUUGGUACAUGAAACUUUAUUGAAUUCCUGAUGCAAGUAAUACAUGCUGAGUGUGUUGUGUGCCCUUCCUUACCAACUUGCCCAAUGGAUGUAGUGCUGUAAAAUCCCGUGAGGUAGCCCAGGCAGGGGGAUAAAGGCAUGGGCUAUAUUUUGAUGUGUCAAAGUUGAGGGAAAGGAGGAAGGCUGGAUAGCCAGUGUGAUUGACCAAGUGGCAGUGUCGUAGCGAAAUGUGAUGGGAGAAGGUCCCGGCCAGCAUAGAAUAGUGUACAAAUAUACUCGUAGGAGUGCAGUGUAGCCUUUAUUUAUUGCAACUCACUGUUGCACUUUGCUUGUUUGGUGUUGAUAGAUGGAAAUGUUUACCUAGCUUUUGUCUGCUGGUUUUACCAGUGGCCUUUAGGGGGUGCAUUGCUAGAGGAGGUUGGGGACGAAAUUAAAAAUAUUUGCAGCAUAUGCAUGCAACUCUGUAUAAGUUAAUCUUUGUAAGAUUCAUGACGUUACUUUUGUAUUCUGUGUGCCUUCAAAAUAUUAUGCAUGUCUAAGGGGUUAUUGCAAUCUGCCUUCCAAACAAUGUUGCUCAUGUUUUUCUUAUCUCUACUGCCUUGGGUUGAGGCAGUUUGUGUUUCAGCAGAUAUAGACAGUCUUGCAAGAAACAAGAAGUUGCCCUAUAAAGUGGGUCACCUCAUGGGAUUUUUGGUACUUUUUUGUUCAUGAGGGAAUCGCACCUUCCUAUGCAGUCGCAUUGUUUGGAGUUAAAAUGGUAUUCAUGGUGUUAACGCACAUGUGCUGUACAGGCUCCUUUUUUUUUUAAUCAUUUGAAGGCUUAUGACACUCGCGCAGCGAAGCACUCGGCAUGCAGUUUGUCAUUUGUGUAAAAACGGUUGCACAGCCAAUGAGGCAUGCGCCUUUUUAACUUGCAUUCAGCUAGCACUAUCACACGUGUACUUUCCUUGUGAAGUGUAAGAUAAUUAUUGUAUUGAUGUUGUUGAGCAUGCAGUUAGAAUAAUAAUAAUAUAUGGCUUAAUUAUCACACACA